AUGGCAUACCUAGGCGGGGAUUAUGGAGAAGCAAAGACUACGGCUAGCCGAUUAGCGAUGACGGCGAGUUUUGGAGUGGCAUCACCACGGCGUGAGCUUCUAUGCCCAUCAAGGGAGCAGGCCGAGCGCGAUGCGGGAAUCUGGGGAAAAAAGGGCAUGAGGUGUGCAUGCCCUGGGGGCCCAGCUGCAACAGGUUGGAAUGCCCGCGCGCACCGCCACCCAGGCCGUUCUCGAUGCCGAGAUCAGCGCGAGGCCUGCGCGGAGUCCCGAAAUUUCUUCGCCCCGGGACCCUGCCGCCGUGGUGAGAGACGGCACUAA